UUCUCUCUUUUUCUCUCCUCAUUAAAAGUGUUACACGCACUAUCAAAUAUAUGUCGAUUGAGUUAGAGUUUUACCAUAAUAGACAAGUUUUCAUAAUUGAUAAUCAACUAUUUUGGAGUAUUACUAUAAUGGACAAGUUUUCAUUGCUUCUCCUAUCUCAUCUUGCUUAUCUCUUCAUCAAUAUUCAUUCUUUUGUGUGCAUGAUCUUUUCAAAACACAAUUCACAUUAACUCUCAAGCAUCCACCAAAAUGAUUCAAAGAACUCUGAAUUGUCAGAGUUUAAGAAAAUUUCUUCUUCAACCUCGUUAUCUCUCUUCUUCCAAGCCCCCACCUCUUCCAAUUCCAAGUGAUGAAGAAGAGUAUGCUAAUGUUGAUUGGGACAGUCUUGGAUUUGGAUUGACACCAACUGAUUUCAUGUAUGUAACAAAAUGUGAUGCUGGCCAAAGUUUUGGAGAUGGAGAGAUCAUUCGGUAUGGGAACAUUGAACUUGGUCCAUCAGCAGGGGUUCUAAAUUAUGGCCAGGGAUUAUUUGAAGGCACAAAAGUCUACAGAAAAGAAAAUGGGAAGCUGUUGCUAUUCCGUCCAGAAGAAAACGCAGUUCGCAUGAACGUCGGUGCUAAAAGAAUGUGCAUGGCAUCCCCUUCCAUCGAUCAAUUUGUCAAUGCUUUGAAACAAACUGUUAUAGCAAAUAAGCGUUGGGUUCCUCCAUCAGGUAAAGGAUCAUUGUACCUUAGACCUCUACUCUUAGGAAGUGGUCCGGUUCUUGGUGUAGCUCCUGCACCUGAAUACACAUUCCUCGUAUAUGCUUCUCCGGUUCGCAACUAUUUCAAGGAAGGUUCGGCUCCGCUUAACUUGUACGUAGAAGAGGAUUUUGACCGUGCUUCUCGCUGCGGCACUGGAAACAUUAAAACCAUUUGCAAUUAUGCACCUGUCUUGAUGGCACAAAUUAGAGCCAAAAUCCGGGGAUUUUCGGAUGUUUUAUACCUCGAUUCAGACAGCAAGAAAAACCUAGAGGAGGUCUCUGCUUGUAACAUUUUCGUUGCCAAGGGAAAAAAUAUUUCAACACCUUCUAUCAAUAGAACUAUUCUUCCAGGAAUCACUAGAAAAAGUGUCAUUGAAAUUGCUUGUGAUUUUGGUUAUCAGGUGGAAGAGCGGGUUGUUGCUGUCGAAGAAUUGGCUGAGGCCGAUGAAGUUUUCUGUACAGGAACUGCUGUUGGGGUUGCGCCUGUAGGGAGUGUCACAUACAAGAGUACAAGGUUCAACUAUAAAACAGGUUCCGGAUCCAUUAGUGAAGAGUUGUGCAAAAUCAUUUUAGGAAUACAAACUGGUAUAAUUGAAGAUAAGAAGGGAUGGAUCAUUGAAUUUGAUUAAGUGUGUACAUGUAUUAAAUAAUAUGUUCCUUACAUUCUAUCCCAUGUGAAAUUGUAUGCAAAAGGGCUUGGAAAUUAAACUUUUAAAUAAAUGUGCUUGUUGGUUAGAAAUAUUAGGUUGAUUUACGAUGAAUUGUAAGUUUUGAUUUUACAAAAUAGAUUGAUGUU